UAUCUUUUUUUGUAGAUAUAUUUAUAGUAAAUGAAAAUAGUGGUGGAUACUUUAAAUUAUCUACAUAUGAAUUUAUAGUAAACGAACUCAAUGAUGGAUACUAUAAAUGAAACAGAAGCUAAUUUAAAUUACGACAGUUGUACUGAUUAUAAUUCAUCGCCACCUGUUGUUGAUAUACGUCAGCUUGCACGUCAAGGAAUUCAUGUAUUGUUGAAUGAUGGAGGAGUAUUAAAUGCACAAAUGUUGUUUCAAAAAUACAAAAAAGAAAAUGUUCUUUUAUCUGCUGGAGCAAGUUUAGUUGACUUUAUUGCUGCAGCAAUGUCUUUUGAAGAUGAGAAAAUGGAAAUUGCUCAGCAAAGUUUAAAAUUUACUAUAAAGAUGUGUGAUAUUGACAGUUGUUUUGAAGGGAUGAUUCACAAGCGACCCUCUCAUAAUUGGAGCACAGCAGAGCGGAUUGAGAGAAUGAUUAUCUGGGCUGACUGUGAACUUUUUUUAGCAUUUAUUAUGUUUUUAAAACAAGGUGUUGUUGACUUUAUAAAAGCUGGCUUCCACAUGCGAAAAGCAUGGAAAAUGUACGAAAAAUGUUACCUUGAGUUAUAUGGCUGUGAAAUGAAUUCAAAAACAUCUAAAAAAAAUAAUUGUUCCACUCCAUCUUCUUUAUCAAAUGAAGAAGCCAAAUAUCUUACUGAAUCUUUUUCAUUUGGUUAUGGUCUUGUACAGAUUGCAUUGUCAGUUGUUCCUGCCACACUAUUAAAGUUUUGUGAAGUGUUUGGAUUUCAUGUUAACAAAGAAGUUGGACUGAGUUCUUUAUUGAUUUCAAGCAACAGCAAUGAUAUGAAAUCUCCCAUUGCAAGGCUGACACUGCUAUGGUAUCAUACAAUAGUUUGUCCAUUUUGUAAUGUUGAUGGAGAAAACCUUGAGAAAGGUUUAAAGGAAGCAGCAGAAGUGUUAAAAGGCUCAGAAGAAGAGUUUCCAACAUCUACAAUCUUUAUUUAUUUCAGGGCUCUUCUUUGCCGCCUAAGGGGUAAUCUUGAAGAAUCAUUAAAUUUACUAUCUAGAACUGUAUCUACUAAUUCAGAACAAAAAGAAAUUAUCCUGCUAUGUUGUUAUGAUAAAGGUUGGUGUCAUUUACUUAAAAUGGAAUGGAAUGAAUCUUUCAUUUGUUUCUCAAAGUUACAACAAGAAUCAAAGUGGUCUGAAGCAUACUACGCUUACUUAUUAGCACUUACUUCUGGAGCUUUAAAUAAACUUGGUGAAGCAUUCACAUUAUUAAAAUCUGUUCCUAAAAAAGUUGUCCGUAAAACACAGCUUGAAGUUUAUCUUACAAGAAAGUGUCAUUUGUACAAAAACUCUCCUCCUAAUCAAGUAGAAUAUAUAGUUUUGAUAUUUGAAUUACUUUAUUUAUGGAAUUCUCUUCCUCAAUGUACUGAAGAUGGUUUACGAGCUAUGAUGGCAGAACUUGAGAAAUGUCAUCAUAGUCAUAUGAAUCCAAUAAAAUAUUUAAUUAUGGGAGCUAUUCAUAGCAAACUUUGUGAGAGAGCAAAGGCUUUAAUGUUUCUUGAGCAAGCGAGUGUACAAUGCAAGACUAAACCAACAGAUGCCCAUGUGAUUCCCUUUGCCAUGUAUGAAAUGGCACUAAUUUAUGCUAAGGAUGAAAAAACAUGGCAGCUAAGCAAAGAAAUGCUAUGCAAAGUAAAGCCAUUUGAGCACAUACAAAAAAUAUUAGAGAAAGAAUGUUUAAUAGAAGAUCGAAGACACUGUAAUUAUAGAGGAAUAGUUAUAAUUAAAGGGAAAUAGCAAAUUUUUACGUCUAGAAAAAAUGAAUUUUAGAAAAAGCAGUAUUAACUAUAUUUUUUAAUUGUAAUCAGCAGCCCUCGUAAUUAGGGCCGGCAUUCGGCAAUGCCGACUUAAAAGUGUUUGAUGUCAGCAAAAAAUCGCCGACUUCGUUUUUAUGUUUUGUGGUAAAGUUUUUUUGCUUACCCUUUGUGCCAAAUUUUUUUAUGCCAGCCUGAUGCCGACCUCUCACAGUUUGAGAUCGGCAACUUAUUGCCGACCUAAUUCUGAGGUUUGAAUCAGUGAAUACUGAUGAACAUUAGAUUCAAAACAAGUAUACUUACCAUAACAAAGUAUAUAUAUUAAAAUUUCUGAA